AUGCAUUGCAGCUCAGGACAGCAGUUUGCCGUCAUCGGCCCAUCGGGCGAUGAUCUACACCGCCCCGCCAACCACUUCAUCGGCGCCACCGGGCGCAUCAUUAAGACCUGCUGCCGCUGCCGAGGCAUCGACCCGCCCCCCGUCGGCCGGUCCGCCGCGGACCGCACGCCCCCGCCGCCAGAGCAGUACGCCACGCAAGCGGCUCUGACAGCAUCCCUCGGCGCGCUCCAAGCCCAGGUCGACGAGCGCCUCGACGCACAACAGGCCACCUUGGAGCGCAUCGUCGCGCUGCUGGCCUCCAACGACGCCGGCCGAAUCCAGCCCGACUCCGGCGCCCAACCACGCCUUCCCCCCGCGGCCGGUGAGUUCGACGCCGCGGUCACCGCGACCGCCCGCAUCUUCCCUUGGGUCGCGCGAGAGACCGUCGACCUCGUCGGCCGCGAUCUGCUCAAGCCGGAGCAGCUGAUCAAGCUGCGCAACCCCGAGAGCGCCAUCUCUCGCGAGCCGCCUGCCGCGGGUAGCCUCGUCCUCGAGGGUGGGUUCCUCAACGUCCGCGAGGAUACCCAGGCCACGAAGACGUCGGCGUUCCUCAGGGCCGUCCCGUCCCUCCCUGCCCUCUGCCAACUGUGGUGGACCUACGUCGGCAUCCGCGCCCAGUUCGUCGCGCACUCGGACCCGUCGAUGGUGAGCGCGCUGUGCGCGUAUAUGGAGAACCUCAUCGAGCUCGACGCCCUGUACCAGUACCCCGCCCUCGUCAACUACCACCUCGCCGUCUGCCGGAAACGCUUCGGCGUCGCCUCCGCGGCCGAUUGGGCGCUCCUCGACACCACGGCGAGCAGCACCUACCUUCAGCCGUUCCGCAAGACCGCCCCCUCCCCCGCCGCGCCGGCCUCGACUUCGCGCGCCACCCACGCCCCGUCUCGGCCCGCCGCCGGCCCGUCCAAGCCCGCCGUCAACCCGUCCGAACCGUGCGAGAAGUUCAACCUCGGAAAGUGCUCCCGCCCCGGCUGCCCACGGGCCCACGUGUGUCUCAGUUGCCGCUCCGCGGAUCACGGCUUGGUCACCUGCAACGCCGGCGGAAAAACCCGACCCCGCACCGGUGGCAACCCGCACCUCGGCUUGCCAGCCCCCAACAGGCACCUCGGCCCGCCAGCCCCCAACCGGCACCUCGGCCCACCAGCCCCCAACCGAUACCCCGGCCCGCCAGCCCCCAAUCGGCACCUCGGCAUCGGCGCAGGCCGCCGACGCUGCCUCGGCCCCGCAGCCCCCAACCGCGUCGCAGCCUCGCCAGCUCCCAACCGGCCCGACAAGGCCUCGCCAGCCCCCAAUCCGGCCGCUCUCGCCCCUCGCCCGAGCAUUCGUCUCAUCCCGCCGCCGCCGCGGCCCAACACCACGUGCGCGCUGCCGGUCUUCGACCCAGCCGACUCGCCUGCGACCCUCGGCUCGCUUCGGGCCGAACGGUGGGAGCCGCUCCUCGCGCUCUACCCCGACCCAGAGUACCGGGCCCAGGUGCUCGGCGCGCUUCGGCACGGCAUCAAGCUCGGCUACGCCGACGACGGGCCGCUGCGCACCGCGACCCGCCUCGACGUCGGCAACCUGCCGAUGGACGACGAGGAUCGCGUCCACGUGCGCCGCGAAAUCGCGGCUCGACUCGCCGAGGGACGCCUCCGCCUCGUCCUCAAUCCCGAAGCCGAGCGACUGGUCUGCUCCCCCCUCGGCGUCGUCCCGAAGCCCAACAGCGACAAGCGCCGCACCAUCUACCACCUGUCCCACCCCCGCCUCCCCGCCGCCCUCCCCUCGGUUAACGCGGGCAUCGUCGACUCCUUCGUGCGCAUCGAAUACGAGUCCCUUGACAAGCUCCUUGACUUCGUGCGCGACAACCCGUCCGCCAGUCUGUGGAAAGCCGACCUCGAAGACGCCUUUCGGCACGUCAUCACCUGCCUCGCCGACGCUCGCCUGAUGGGCAUCAGCUUCGACGGCGAGCACUACAAGGAAUGCGCGCUCGCCUUCGGCGGCAAAUCCUCGCCGUGGCUCUUCAACCUGCUAGCCGAGUUCCUGCAUUGGCUAGCCGAGCUUCUACUGCAGCCGAAGGCGCACGUGGCGUCCCCCGUGUCUCACUACCUCGACGACUUCUUCGGCGCGACCGCCGCGGGCACGGACCCCUUCCGCCCCGUCGCGCUGCUCUCCCUCGCUGCCGAGGCGCUUGGGUUCAAGAUCUCGGCUAAGAAGACCUUCUGGAACCGCACGCGCCUCGAAGUCCUCGGCGUCGACGUCGAUUCGGUCGCCCAAACCGCCUCGGUCACGCCCGAGCGCCGCGCCCGCCUCAUUGCGCUCUGCGAGCGCAUGCUGGCCCGCGGCCGCGCCUCGCUCCUCGAACUGCAGCGGGUGGCUGGCCACCUGCAAUUCGUCACGCGCGUGGCCCCACAUGGCCGCGCGUUCCUCCGCCGCCUUCACGACGCCGCAAAAGCUCACCGCGCGGCCCCGUGGGGACGUCGCCUCAGCAGCGCGGCUAAAGCGGAGCUCCGCUGGUGGGUCGGCACGCUGCACACGUGGGACGGGGUCUCACUCCUGCAGCCAUCGCCCUUCGUGGUCGAGCACGUGUGGACCGACGCGUCCAAGCGCCUCAUCGGCGGCCAUUGCGGCCUUGCCGAGCGACCUUCGGCGGUCUUCUCGCACGAGCUCCCGCGGAAGCAUCGCUCCAAGGACAUUCGCUUCCUCGAAGCGCUCGCCGUCCUUGAAGCCUUGCGCCGCUUCUCCCCGGCGUGGGGCGGCCCACGCCGCGUCAUGCUCUACGCGACAACGAGAACGUCGAUUCCCCGCCGCGUACAACCUGCUCAACUCCCGCCGACCUCGCUGCCUACCCGACAGCUCAGCCGACCGCCGUCCGGGUUCGCCUCCACCGUCGGUCUCUCCCCGGCCGCCGCCUCGCUACUCUGGAACGGCCUCGCCGCUUCGACCCGCUCCCGAGCCAGCGGCACGUGCGCAGCCUUCGCGGCCUUCGCGGCCCGAGCCUUCCGCGCUUCCGAGCCGUUCCCCGCCACCGAGCGCAUGCUUGCCGAUCUUCUGCGCGGCGUUCUGCCUCGCCUUCGCGUGCUUCCUCCGCGCCGGUGA